GUCACGUGAUCGUUCCUUUCCAUGUGCUAUUUCGUUUGACACGUUUUGUGUCGAGAUCCUUCCUCGUUUUUUUGCUACUUUACGCUUCCCCUUCGUUAUCUCAUGCCUGUCCAGUUGAUUGAUACCAUGGAGGAAGAAGUCAAGAAUCAAUCGAGCGGUUCAGAGACUGAAGUCAAACACAAAAAGUCCAAAAAAUCGAAGAAAGAUGCGAAGGAAAAGAAGAUCAAAAAAGAUAAGAAAAAUAAGAAACGAAAGCACGAAGAUGAAGCAGAAGCUGAAGCUGAAAGUUCUGAAGUGAAAAUUAAAAAGAGCAAAAAACACAAGAAAGAGAAAAAAGAUGAUAGUGGUAGUGAGAGUAGUAACACAGAGAAGCCGACAAAGAAAGAAGUAGUAGAUGUGACCAGUAGUAACCAUAGUAACAAUGACAAGACUGAAGUUACAGAGGAACCAAAGGAAUUAACAAAGGAAGAGAAAGCAGGAGCAUUUAGUAAUUUUCGACUUUCACCACAGACGAUAGCUUCAUUGAAAGCUCGUAGCAUCACUCACUUGUUUCCAAUUCAAGCUAAAACAUUCGACUACGUUUAUGACGGACAUGACGUGAUUGCCCAAGCAAGGACCGGUACUGGCAAGACAUUAGCGUUUGCGUUACCAUUGGUUGAAAAAUUGAAAAACACAGAAUUCAAAGCUGGGCGUCCACCUCAAGUGUUAGUGAUGGCACCAACCAGAGAAUUGGCCAAGCAAGUUUCUGAAGAUUUUCAGGCAUCGAACCCAAGACUUUCAACUUUGUGUGUUUACGGCGGUACCGCGUACUGGCCACAGGAGUCUGCAAUCCGGCGUGGUGUCGACGUCUUAGUUGGAACACCGGGAAGAAUUCUUGAUUACGUCCAAAAAAACACUCUUAACUUAAGUCAACUGAAACAUGUGAUUUUGGAUGAAGUGGAUAGAAUGCUGGAUAUGGGUUUUGCAGACACUGUUGAAGAGAUUCUAUCAGCAUCGUACAAGAUGGAUAACCCUGGUGAAAACCCCCAGACGCUGUUGUUCUCAGCAACCCUACCAGAGUGGGUUUAUAGGACUGCGAAAAAAUACAUGAAAAGCGAGAUUAAAAGAGUUGAUUUAAUUGGACAACAGAAGUUGAAAACUGCUACCACAGUUGAACAUUUAGCAAUCAGAUGCCAUUAUCGGCAGCGAGCAGCGACUAUCAGUGAUGUCGUACAAGUAUACAGCGGUAAGCACGGCCGGUGUAUGAUAUUUACAGAAACGAAGAAAGACGCGAAUGAAAUGGGAUUGAGUUCAAGUAUACGACAAGACGUUCAAGUGUUGCACGGUGACAUUGCCCAGAACCAGCGAGAGAUCACAUUAAAGGGUUUUCGUGAUGGUAAAUUCCGUUGUCUCGUGGCUACUGAUGUUGCUGCCAGAGGUCUAGACAUUCCUGAAGUUGAUCUGAUUGUAAUGUGUGAACCUCCUAAGGAUGCUGAAAACUAUAUUCACCGAUCUGGCCGUACUGGUAGAGCCGGCAGAACCGGUGUGUCUGUGUGUUUUUAUAAACCAAAUGAGGAACAUGUUUUAAAGCUUAUAGAAAGAAGAGCGGGCAUAAAAUUUAGAAGAGUUGGUGCCCCUCAACCUGAAGAUAUUAUAAAAACAUCUGCAGACGAUGCACUCAAAUCUUUAGAUGCUGUACCCGAAUCUGCCAUUAAACUUUUCCAUGAAGCUGCAGAAAAACUGAUAGAAGAAAAAGGGCCAGUUGAGGCCCUGGCAGCAGCUCUAGCACUUGUAUCAGGAGCUACUGAUGUCACAUCAAGAUCACUGCUCAAUUCUGAUGAGGGUUAUACAACUUAUAUAUUCAGUUGCCAGACAGAAAUGAGAGCGCUUUCCUACGUCUGGAGAGCCCUUGGUAACCAGAUACCGGAAGAUGUCAAGGAAAAGUUCAGAGGAAUGAGAAUGUGUACGAAUACAAAGAGCGCCGUGUUCGAUGUACCCAACGAUGUGAUUCCCAAACUUGAGUCACACUGGGUUAACAGAUGGGGAUGUACUCUGGAACAAGCUCAGCAUCUACCAGAUAUUAUCGAGACAAGCACUCAGGGAAGAAAUGGAUUUGGACGAGGUGGAUUCGGACGAGGAGGAUUUGGUGGGCGUGGCGGACGUGGUCGAAAGUUUGGUGGGAUCAGUCGGCGAGAUAAACCUUCUGCUGGAAAUAGAGGCUUUAAAAAUAACUCAUUUUUUUCGAACUAGUACCAUUAAAAUCAAUGAAAAGAAUGUUUCCAAUUAAUUUAUUUGCAAUUUUGUGUCUUUCUGUCAUCAAAGGUGAACUUGAUGGAUUGCGUUUAAUACUAGAUUGUAAUAAUGGAAAUAUAAGGUCAUCUCUUUAUUUACUGUCGUCAUUACAAAUUUGUGAAUAACCUCAUUUGAAAACAUUUUCAUUUUUGAAUUCUGUGAUUUAUUUUUAAAGUUAUAUUUUUAGUUGGUCUCGCUAUUCAUCUGUACGAUAACAUCAAAUAUAUUGCCCCUUCUCACAAUUUUAAUGUGUUUUUCUGUUGGACAUUAUACCAAUAAAUUAUUCCUCAGUCUCCAAACAAAA